AUGGGUAAGAAGGCUAUCCAUUUUGGCGGCGGCAACAUCGGCCGUGGCUUUGUGGCGGAAUUUUUGCACACUGCUGGCUAUGAAGUUGUUUUCAUUGAUGUGAUGGACAACAUCAUCUCUGCCCUGCAAUCCACCAAAUCCUACCAAGUCACCGAAGUUAGUGAGGACGGUGAAAACACCAAGACGAUUACCGAUUAUCGUGCCAUCAACUCCAAGACCCACGAAGAAGAUGUUGUUCAGGAAAUUUCCACCGCUGAUAUUGUCACCUGUGCCGUUGGCCCCAAUGUGCUCAAAUUUAUCGCCCCCGUAAUCGCCAAGGGAAUCAACAUCCGCUCCACUCCUAAGCCCCUGGCUGUCAUUGCUUGCGAAAACAUGAUUGGCGGUACCGAUACUCUGCACGGCUAUAUUAAGGAUCACACUGAUUCGGCCCGACUGGAUUCUCUCGGUGAACGUGCCCAGUUCGCCAACUCGGCUAUUGACCGUAUCGUUCCCGCGCAACCAGAAGGCAGUGGUUUGAACGUUCGUAUCGAGAAAUUCUACGAAUGGGUCGUUGAGAAGACCCCCUUCGGCGAUGUUGGACACCCCAAUAUUCCCGCCAUCCACUGGGUCGACGACCUCGAGCCCUACAUCGAGCGCAAGCUAUUCACUGUCAACACCAGCCACGCUACUGCUGCCUACUAUGGCAAAAACGCAGGCAAGGCCACCAUCGCGGAGGCCGUGCGUGACCCGUACAUCAAGAGUGUGGUGCGCGAUGUUUUGAACGAGACUGCUUCGCUGAUCGUCGACAAGCAUGAGAUCUCUGCUAGCGAACAGCAGAAGUACGUCGAGACCAUCAUCAGCCGUAUCUCGAACCCGUAUCUGGAAGACAGCGUUGAGCGUGUUGGUCGUGCCCCGAUCCGCAAGCUGGGUCGCAAGGAGCGAUUCAUUGGCCCUGCUGCUCAGUUGGCUGAGCGUCAUGCUCGUUACCAGGCUCUUCUGGGUUCCGUCGAAAUGGCCCUCCGUUUCCAGAACGUUGAGGGCGACGAGGAAAGUGUGGAACUAGCCAAGAUUCUCAAGGAAAACUCACCCGGUGAUGCUACUGUCCAACUGACCGGCUUGGAACGCUCGCACCCUAUGUUCCAAUCUGUGGUGGACAUAGUUUACCUGGUACAGUCCGAUUCGAAGUAA